CUUAUGCAAAUCCUAUGUUAUACGUCCAUAAGAACUUUAGAUGUAUUUUGGUUCUUGAUGAAAAAAAAUUAGCAACAGCUGAUCCACCAUUACUAAAUAGAUUUGAAAAACAAAGGAUAACAAUUGAUGACACUCUUACUGAAAAUCAUCAGAAGAUAGUCAAAAUCCUAAGAACUUGGACACAACAGAUGGUUUCUUCAGUAGGAACGGGGAACAUUAAUGCGGCUAGAACCUCUUUUACGCAAAAGGAUCUUUUUAUUGGUUUUGAUGAAAAUGAAACUUUGCAGAGUUUAGUUAUUGAUAUUAUGACAAAAUUCCCUGAUGAUAAUGAGGAAGCAAUAGUUAAAAGAUGUAAAGCAGCUUUAAUUGACAUUGCAUCAUCUGAUGGAAUUAUUAGAGCCACAAAAUCAAACGUGGAUCCCGGUGAAAUUAAUCUAUGGAAUAAUGUUUAUUUCCGCAACGUCACUGACGAACAUAUUCCGCGACAGAAUCAUGAUUGUCUUAGUACAUUUUUUGGACAUCUUGCAUUCGAAGACACAGAAAUAACAAGAUUUAUUAUCAAUACAUUUUCAAACAUUAAUACAGAUGUUUCUGAGUGUUUAAAAGAUUUUUUCAAAUGCCAAGUUGAUAAAUUAUCAACAUUUAAGACGGAAGCACAACUUCAGAAUCGAAUUAAACGGUUUUGGGAGGAAUCAGAUGAAUUAAUGCUAGUUCUUCAGUGUGAUGUUACUACCGUAAAUGAUGGGUGUAUUAAGUUAGCGAAGUUCAUCAUUGAGCAAUUUCAGAAUGAAUUUCUGAGGAAGAAUCCGAAUAAAACCAAAUAUGUUUGUAUAAUUCUCCAUAUUCAACGAGAUCAAAAUUAUAUGUCUUCAUUCAAUUUUAUGUGCGGAUGGAAACAAGUUACAAUCGAAACCUUAACGCCACAAGAGAAACAUCUGUCAACUAUCUUAAAUG